UCACCCUCCCCCCAGUCUCUCCCCCUACUGUCCUCUCCCACCUCCAAUUGAUCAUGGCAUCAGAAGCAGAAAAAACAUUCAAACGGUUUGCUGUCUUCGGAGAAUCAUCAAGCAGUGGCGUUGAAAUUAACAACAAAAACUUCUCCAAGCUGUGCAAAGACUGUGGCAUCAUGGAUGGCAAGAUGGUCACUUCCACUGAUGUGGACAUCGUGUUCAGCAAAGUCAAGGACAAGAAUGCACGAACCAUCACAUUUGCACAGUUCCAGGAAGCAAUGAAGGAACUGGGCCAGAAGCGAUUUAAGGGGAAGAACCCAGAUGAAACCCUAGAGAACAUUUAUAAACUCAUGGAGGGCAAGGAUCCAGCUACCCCUGGUGUUACUAAAGCAACAACCGUGGGCGGAGUGAGCCGGCUGACAGACACCAGCAAGUACACUGGCAGCCACAAGGAGCGCUUUGACGAGAGUGGCAAGGGCAAAGGCAUAGCAGGACGGGAAGAGAGGAGCGAAAACUCAGGCUAUGUGAGAAGAAAAGUACUGUCCUGUUUCUGAGGAACAAAGUGAUGCUUAUUCCCGACCCUUAGAGAACAGAGCGUCUGCCACUCUCUCAACCCACUCACAGGAGCCCACGCACAUGCAAGAGCCUCCCACCAGAGUGAUGAUGCACUGAUAAUCAAAGAUGUCUUUGUGGACCUCCCACAGUCCCCAUCACCAACUUCACAACAAUCACAGCGAUAACAAUCAUACUAAUCUCUCACC